AUGUCUACAUACUCUAUCUUCAAGGUUGCUUCCCCUUGUCUUUUGCUCAUGCUUCUCGCAACGUCGUUAACCCGGGGCUCAGGAAACGCCUCGUCUUUACCGCCUCGCUUGCCAGACCAUUCCUGGAUCCUAAGGAAAAUCAAGACAAGCUUCAGGGAUAAAUAUCCUGAGUGCGGGAAAGUCCGAUUCACCCAAGUCGGUUUGAGUUAUCGUGGGUACUGGACUUCUGCAGGGACCGCGAACGAGACGGGCAUCAAUCUGGACUCUAUCGCCGCCGUGAAAUGGAUAUCGCAGCUGCACGAAAAUACGUACCCCAAGGCCGAGCACGGCGGGCAGACCACAAGGCCGAUCUUGUUCGUCUGGGGGCAGAGCAUUGGAUCAGGCUUUGCGACCAAUCUCGCAGCGUCAGGCGCGAUUCCGUCCCACCUCGAACCAACAGCUUUGAUCCUCGAGACGCCAUUCUUGUCCAUCAAGGCGAUGCUGGCGUCACUCUAUCCUGAGAGGUGGUUGCCUUAUAAAUACCUCCACCCUUUCUUGCGAAACUUCCUGGACAGCUACAAGAACCUCGGCACCAUUGCUGCGCAGCGGUUGGAAAAGGGUAUCCGGCCGCCUCACAUCUUCAUACUCGAGGCUGGCAGGGACGAAGUCGUACCUCCGAGUCACCCGGAGGAGCUUCGGAAUCGGUGCAUGGAAUUAAGCUUACCGGUUGAGAGGCUCGUCGUGCCCCGCGCCUUUCACAGCGACGCAAUGAAUGGGCGGGUCCAUGUGGCUAGUUUCAUUAUGAGGCAGACGGCGAAGUUCAUCAGUACAACGCAUUCGAAGGAUGAAGUAGUAGCUGUUUCUCAGGAAUCAUAG